AUGGCAGUGUGCGCCGCCGUCAGAACAGCCUUCUGCAGGCAGAUCCAGAACCUCGAAAAGUUCCGACAACGCCGACCACACUCCUCGAAAGUCAAUGGAGCGAAACCAAUUCAGAGCGCGCAGCAACAAGCUCCGAUCACACCGCCCGCGAAGAUCCAACCUCCGCCUCUCUUGCUCAGGCUCGGGCCGUUGACGAGAGCAGCUCAGGCGUACGGACGAACGCACCAGAAGCGCCCAUAUACGACACAGAUAUUGACCUCGCUGUUUAUCUUCCUGUGUGGCGACAUCUCGGCGCAAAGCAUUGGUGGAGACGAACAUGACUUCGGGCGGACGGCGCGAGCGCUAUUCAUCGGUGGAACAUCGUCGGUGCCAUCAUAUCUUUGGGUGGUUUACCUGUCGAACAGCUUCAACUUUGCGUCGCGAGCUCUCUCGAUAGCAGCGAGAGUUGUCGUUAACCAAAUCGUGUUUGCGCCACUGUUCAAUACGUACUUCUUUGGCACACAGGCUGUGUUGUCUGGGGCGUCGCCUUCCGAGAUCUGGGAGCGCCUUGUGAAGACUGUCCCACCGAGCAUCGCGAAUUCCGUCAAGCUAUGGCCGGCUGUUAUGGCCAUCAACUUCGCCUUCGUACCUCUGCCAUUCCGCUCCAUGUUCAGCGGGACUGUGGCGGUGGGCUGGCAAACGUAUCUGAGCUGGCUGAACAAGAAGGCCGAGGAGAGCAUCGCGGCGGAAGCAGAAGCAGCAGCAGUAGCAACAGUGGGGAAAGUAGAAGAGGUUGCUGCGUCGGCUAUGGCCAAAGCCGCGGCGUGA